ACGGAGUCAGGCAGCGCCCGCAGUCCAGCCCUAGCCUUCAGUCAGGCACAGACUCCCUCAGCCCCAUCUCCCGCUCUCCCCUUUGGACGUUUUGUUCGGUGUUGAAGCACAACACAUAAGCAGCCAUGGAUGCCAUCAAGAAGAAGAUGCAGAUGCUCAAGCUCGACAAGGAGAAUGCCUUGGACAGAGCUGAGCAGGCCGAGUCAGACAAGAAAGCAGCGGAGGACAGAAGCAAACAGUUAGAGGAAGAAAUGAGAGAAUUGGAAAAGAAAUUGCGUGUUACAGAGGACGAGAGAGAUAAGAUUUUUGAGGAGUUCCAAACUGCUGAGGAAAAACUGUUGGCUGCUGAGGAGACCGCUACCAAGGCUGAGGGAGAUGUCGCUUCCCUUAACAGACGCAUCCAGCUGGUUGAGGAGGAGUUGGAUCGUGCUCAGGAGCGUCUGGCAACAGCCCUGCAGAAGCUGGAGGAGGCUGAAAAGGCUGCAGAUGAGAGCGAGAGAGGCAUGAAGGUCAUUGAGAACAGGGCCAUGAAGGACGAGGAGAAGAUGGAGAUCCAGGAGAUCCAGCUGAAAGAGGCCAAACACAUCGCUGAGGAGGCAGAUCGCAAAUAUGAGGAGGUCGCUCGUAAACUGGUCAUCAUUGAGGGUGACCUGGAACGUACAGAGGAGCGUGCUGAGCUGUCAGAAAGCAAAUGCUCUGAACUUGAGGAAGAGUUGAAAACUGUGACCAACAACCUGAAGUCACUGGAGGCCCAGGCAGAGAAGUACUCACAGAAGGAAGACAAGUAUGAGGAAGAGAUUAAGGUUCUCACCGACAAGCUGAAGGAGGCUGAGACUCGUGCUGAGUUUGCUGAGAGAUCAGUGGCCAAGCUUGAGAAGACCAUCGACGACUUGGAAGAGAAACUGUCACAAGCUAAAGAAGAAAACCUGGAUAUGCACCAGAUGCUGGACCAGACUCUAAUUGAACUGAAUAACUUGUGAACGCACGAUCUUAAACCCCUCCACACACACGCGCCCAGUGGUUUGGCUUUUUGUAUUUGCACCUUGCUUACCAAGAUCCCCUCUUUUUAUUCCACUCCGAUGAUGGUGAACAAACAGCCAGUUGCUAUUUGUAUUGCACAAUCCUGCCUUGAGCGGAUCUCAACCCAGGAGCCAAGCUAAGGAGAAUUAAAGCAUAGCCAUACCUUUUUUUUUUUUUAUGCAA